AUGGAUUCAAGGGCCAUAAAAUUUGUUGAUCUCGCAAUAAAUAAUGACAGUGCAGCAAUGAAUGAAAAUAAAGGUGAAGAAGACCCAUUCAGUAAUCCACAACCAAGUACAUCUGAAACCCAAAAACAAACUACUUUUGAUGAAACAGUAAGUGACUUUUCUAGUGACGAUUCUGUGGCCGAUCCUAACUACUCUCCAGGCAGUCCUAGCUUACUUACACAACAUGAAGAAAUGGAAAUUGCUGUUCCUAAAGCAUCAGUGACUAUAUUUCAUUGCUACAACAAAACCAAACAGUGUCCUGUAGAAAACAGAAGCAAGAAAACAAAUUAA